UUAGUCUAGGGUUUUUAACCCGGUUAAAAAAAAUGGUACUGUGAUUCUUUUUUGGGUCGGAUAUCAGGGAUCUUUGGGCUUUGGGUCGGAAAUCCAUCAGAGGCCUCUUUUAAGAAGAAUUAUCCAAUUAGGGGAGAUUUAAGAAGAUCAGUCGCACUUAUGAAUCAUGGAGGAAUGGUUGCAAACGAAAUUGUCCGAAUUAUUAGAUUUUAUAGUUCCAGAUGACUUAGUCCAGUUUAUUUUACAAAUAGAAAAUGAAAGAGAUUUAGAUGAUUACCUUGAAACCUUAGUAGAUAAUGAAAAUCUAAGUCACAGGCAAUUUAUAACGGAAUUGAAAAAGAAACGUGUUUUAUUUAAUAAUCAAGUUAGAUACAAGAAAACAAGUGACGACAAUGACAUGUCAAAGAAACAAAAUGAUAAAAAAAAGGGAAAAGUUAAAGGAAAAAAAAAUGUUCAAGUGCAAGAGACUGUAAAACCAGAGGCCAAAUCUGAGAAAAUUGAAAAAAAGAAAACUAAAUUUGUUAAUUUAUUGUCACAUGGAAAUGUUCUUUUAAAAGGAAGACAUAAAUGUGAUUGUGAAGCAAACAGACACGCAUUAAUUAAUAAUUGUCUUAAUUGUGGAAGAAUAGUCUGUGUACAAGAAGGCUCAGGACCAUGUUUCUUUUGUGGAGAACUGGUUUGUUCUCCAGAGGAGCAAGUAUUACUUCAAAGCAAUACUAAGCAGGGUGAUAAUUUGUAUAAUAAAUUAAUGGAUCAAAAACCAAAUAAAGAUCUCGAAGAGUCUCUUAAACAGAGAGAUAAACUUCUCGAAUUUGAUCGCAAUAGUGCCCGUCGUACCAAAGUGAUCGAUGACGAGUCAGAUUAUUAUCACUCAAACAGCACUUGGCUUUCCCAUGAUGAGCGUAAGAAGUUACAGAAGCAAAAAGAGGAAGCAUUAGCACGCAAACAUAUGUCACGUUUAGAUAGAAAAGUUAAGAUCGAUUUUAUGGGAAGAGUAGUAGUCGACGAAGAUCAAUCUAUUAACUUGCAGUCAGAAGAUCUUGAUUGCACAUUGUCGUAUGGUGACUUUGAAAAUAUAAAUAUUUGUCCAACAAUAGAAUUUGAUCGACCAACGUCACCUUUUUUCAUUAUACACUCUUAUAUCAAGUUUGUCGAGACGGGAGUAUUUGGAACAAGCAGAAGAGUUAAAAGUCACACGUGGAAUAUGGAAAGCAGGAUACAGGAUAAAGAAUAUCUAGAAAUGUUCGACCAAGGCCUAUGUUUGAGCAUUCAUCAACCUUACGCAUCUUUUCUCGUAGCGGGUAUAAAAAGGCACGAGGGUAGAAGUUGGUAUUCUUCGCAUAGAGGAAGAUUAUGGAUAGCUUCGGCUGCUAAAGUACCUUCCUCUGAAGAAAUAUCUAAUAUAAAACAAAUGUAUCGUAUAUUAAAAAAAAAUGACAUAAUUGAGUUUCCUGAAACCUACCCCACAAGUUGUUUGUUAGGUUGCAUAACGGUGACUGACGUUUUACCUCGGGAAGAAUACAGAAAAGUGUACCCAGAAGGAGAAAGUGAUAGUCCAUACGUCGUUAUAUGUGAAAAUCCUUACAUGUUACCAAUACAAUUCCCCAUGAAAGGAAAAUGUAAAAUUUAUAAAAUGGACAAAAAAAUUCAUCAAGCUGCUUCCAAGUGGUUAGAAAAAGUCAUGAAAACGGCUGCAAGCCCCGAAGAUCUUUUCACAAAACUCGUUAAAAAACUCUCUCGGUCUGUAACAUUGCAUAGACUAUCAUUGCAAAUCGAAAAAAUUCUCUUUUUAUUAACUGUCAUUUUUUAAGGUAAUUUUGUUAGUCACGCAAUGUAUGUGGCAUCAUAAAAUUUAUUCAUAUUAUGGUAACAAUAUUUAAUUUUUUAGUUUAUUGCGAUUCUCUUAGAAAUCAAAUAAAAUCUCUUGCAAAGAAUAAAA